AUGGAGAUCCGGCAGCACGAGUGGCUCGCGGCCUCCCCCCACGAGGGCUUCGAGCAGAUGCGGCUCAAGAGCCGCCCCAAGGAGCCCUCGCCCAGCCUGACCCGGGUGGGCGCGAACUUCUACAGCAGCGUCAAGCAGCAGGACUACAGCGCCAGCGUCUGGCUCCGCAGGAAGGACAAGCUGGAGCACUCCCAGCAGAGGUGCAUCGUGGCCUUCGCCCUGGUCUGCUGCUUCGCCAUCCUCGUGGCCUUGAUAUUCUCGGCCGUGGACAUCAUGGGAGAGGAUGAGGACGGGCUCUCGGAAAAAAAUUGCCAAAAUAAAUGUCGAAUCGCCCUGGUGGAAAACAUCCCCGAAGGCCUUAACUAUUCGGAAAAUGCACCCUUUCACCUGUCGCUCUUCCAAGGCUGGAUGAACUUACUCACCAUGGCCCAAAAGUCUGUUGACAUCGUGUCUUCCCACUGGGAUCUCAACCACAGUCACCCCUCAGCGUGUCAGGGUCAACGCCUUUUCGAAAAGUUGCUCCAACUGACUUCGCAAAAUAUCGAAAUCAAGCUAGUGAGUGAUGUGACGGCUGAUUCAAAGGUAUUAGAAGCCUUGAAAUUAAAGGGCGCUGAGGUGACCUACAUGAACAUGUCCGCCUACAACAAGGGCCGGCUGCAGUCCUCCUUCUGGAUCGUGGACAAGCAGCACGUUUACAUCGGCAGUGCUGGCCUGGACUGGCGGUCUCUGGGACAGAUGAAAGAACUCGGUGUCAUCUUCUACAACUGCAGCUGCCUGGUCCUGGAUUUGCAAAGGAUCUUCGCUUUAUAUAGCUCAUUGAAGUUCAAGAGCAGAGUGCCCCAGACCUGGUCCAAGAGGCUCUACGGGGUCUACGACAACGAGAAGAAGCUGCAGCUGCAGUUGAACGAAACCAAAUCUCAAGCGUUUGUGUCGAAUUCCCCCAAACUCUUUUGCCCUAAAAACAGAAGCUUUGACAUCGACGCCAUCUACAGCGUGAUAGACGACGCCAAGCAGUACGUGUACAUCGCCGUCAUGGACUACCUGCCCAUCUCCAGCACAAGCACCAAAAGGACGUACUGGCCAGACUUGGAUGGGAAAAUAAGAGAAGCGUUAGUUUUGCGAAGCGUUAAAGUUCGACUCCUGAUCAGCUUCUGGAAGGAAACGGAUCCCCUUACAUUUAACUUUAUUUCGUCUCUUAAAGCUAUCUGCACUGAAAUCGCCAACUGCAGUUUGAAAGUUAAGUUUUUUGACCUGGAAAGAGAGAACGCUUGUGCCGCAAAAGAACAAAAGAACCUCACCUUCCCUAAGCUGAAUCGCAACAAGUACAUGGUGACGGACGGAGCAGCUUACAUCGGAAACUUUGACUGGGUAGGGAAUGACUUCACCCAGAACGCGGGCACGGGCCUUGUUAUCAACCAAGCAGACGUGAGGAAUAACACGAGCAUCAUUAAGCAACUGAAAGAUGUGUUUGAGAGGGACUGGUACUCACCCUACGCCAGGAGCUUACAGCCAACCAAACAGCCGAACUGCUCCAGCCCGUCCAAUCUCGGCCCUCCCUCCAGCAAAACUGCCACAUACAACACGAGUGGGAAGGACCCUGCGAGUGUAUAA